AUGUUCGUUCUUCCACCUCCGCCGCGCUACCCAACACAGGCGGCCUACAAUGCCGCCAUUGCUGCUGGUCAUGCGACCCCCAUGAUAGAGACGAACAAUGUACUCUCCACACCCGAAGACUCUUUCCAAGCUGGCGAGGGUACCUAUGUGCUGAAGGAAGAUCUCCACCUUGCGACACCACCGCCGCAUCCCUCCGAAGCGCCCAUCGUGAACCCGAACCCAUUGGCCACCACACCGCAGCCAGCGACAGCUGGAACACGUAUAUCACUGAUCAGUCUUGAGACAAAGGCUCCGCCGCCGACCUUUUUCCGCCAUCCUUCAGCAAGCGCCCUAUCCACCAGCAUUGCUGAGCACCCGAGCGAAGGACGAUACUCGAAUGAUGCCAAGCUAAGCAGCGAUGGCGAAGGCCGAGGAACAUCGCUGAGCGACGCACCGGCGUCACUGAAUGCAGUAUCGGCGCCGGCUUUCGGAGAAGGUAACACUCUACUUGCGCCUGAGAAAACAAAGGACCUGAAUAAGAGGCGAAAGCCCAAGAACAACAUGACUAAGAGUAACUCGUCGUUUAUCUCACGCGUCAUCAUCAAUGAGACUCUUUCCAAGAAGCUGCAGGAAAGAUCAAUUGACGGCGUUUUUGCAUUCGCCAACAUUAAUCGUGCAUUUCAAUGGCUAGAUUUGUCAUCGCCCUCGAAAUCAGACUACCUGACAAAGAUCUUGUUCACCAAAGCACAUUGCCUUAGUCAUGACGUGAACCAGGUCACCAAGGCAACCGGACACUUGGACGUUAUCAUGGGUUUCUCGACAGGAGAAAUCAUCUGGUGGGAGCCCAUAUCACAAAGAUACACCAGACUGAACAAGAAUGGUGUGAUAAACAAGACGCCCGUAUCUCAGAUUCGGUGGAUUCCAGGUGCCGAGAACUUGUUUCUCGCAGCACAUAUGGAUGGGUCAUUAGUAGUAUAUGACAAAGAGAAAGAAGAUGCCAACUUCAAUCCAGAGGAAGAGCAGUCACCUGAGGUAGAAGGUGAAACCCGGGUCGAGUUCUCCAAGCGUAUGCAAGUCCAGAAGUCGGUACAUUCCAAGAAUCAAAAGGUCAAUCCUGUCGCCGUCUGGAAACUUUCUCACCAGCGGAUCAACGCAUACUCCUUCUCGCCAGAUAACAGACAUCUGGCAGUAGUACAAGAGGACGGAACACUUCGCAUCAUCGACUAUCUGGAUGAAAAGCUUUUGAGCUUGUUCCCAGCAUAUUACGGCGGUUUCAUCUGUGUUUGCUGGUCGCCUGAUGGAAAAUACGUCUUGACGGGCGGCCAAGACGAUUUGAUAUCCAUCUGGUGUCCCUCGGAUGGUUCAAUCAUAGCACGAUGCCAAGGCCACGGUUCGUGGGUUACAUCAGUGGCUUUUGACCCAUGGAGAUGCGACGAGAGAAAUUACCGCUUUGGCAGUGUUGGCGAGGACUGCAAACUGUGCCUGUGGGAUUUCAACGUGGGAAUGUUGCACACUCCCAAGGCUACUUCCGUCAGACAACGAAAUUCCAUCUCGUCCCGCGUCACCGGUUUGCACCGUGCUGAUACUCAAGGCACCUCGGUAUCUAGGCUGAGAUCCAACUCAGCGUUGACAGGAGACGGUGAUGAGGAAGACGGCGCCAUCAACCACACUGUCGAACCAAGGGGUCGCGUUCCAAUCCUUCCCCCAGUGCUCACAAAGAAAGCGGAUAAGGACCCUCUUUGCUGGCUGACUUUUACUGCGGAUGCUAUAUUGACCAGCUCCAAGACUGGUCAUGUUCGAACUUGGACUAGGCCUUCUGACAACACCGGAUCCUGA